AUGGCCUCGUAUGGGGUACCCAUAGGAUCGUCGUUAGCACUCGGAGCCAUGAUAUGCUCCUUAUUCGUCGUUCGCUCCAUUGUGCAAGACAUUGACAACUUGAGAGACGAAAUCCUUUCUGGUGUGCAUGAGAUGAAGGCAAUGUCUGACGAUGCUUGGAAUCGAAUUAUCUUUCUGCACACCAAAGGAGGUAAGGCUGAUGCUCCGGAGUCCUUUAUCUCGCUAUUUGCCCGACAAAAGAGAUCUUAUGAUGGAUCCGUCUGCAACUGCGUUGUGGAUUCCCAAGGUUGCCCUCCUGGUCCACCAGGCCCACCUGGUGUUCCUGGACAACGUGGAGAGCAGGGGAGUCCUGGAGAGCCUGGAAGACCAGGAGCCACCGGUGUCUCCUUAAUGUAA